CGCGAAAUCCACAAAUGUUUAAUAUAUUUGCAGUGAGAAUCAAUACAUACUGUUGUAUUGAGAAUGUAGAACUCGUUGCAUUGGUAGUGUAAUUAGUUCAUUAUACUUCUAUUUUUGUUGCUGUGUCUUAUAUAGAUAGAUGGAAAUAUAAUGAAGAAAAAAAGAUUUCCUGAGACAUUGGAAGUAACAUCUGCUGAAAAACGGCUAUGUGCAUUAAAGGCUGCUGAGCUUGGUAUAAUUGAAUCUGUUUCUUUGCAAAAUUUUAUGUGUCAUGACAACUUAAAAUUUGAAUUUGGACCGCAUGUAAAUUUCAUCAUUGGGGCAAACGGAAGUGGGAAAAGUGCUGUCUUGACUGGUAUUAUAUUAGCAUUGGGAGGAAGGUCAAGUUUGACUGGAAGAUAUGGAAGCGUUAAAGGUUUUAUUAAAAAUGGAAAGAGAAGUGCAGUAGUAACUGUGACUUUGAAAAAUUGUGGUAUUUCAGCCUACAAGCCAGAUGAAUAUGGUGACAAAAUUACAGUUGAAAGAAGCUUCAGUACUGAAGGCAACAGUCUUUAUAAAAUACGAUCAGCAGAAGGUAGAGUAAUCUCAACUUCUAAAGAAGAGUUGAAUAACAUUUUGACUAUGCUGGAUAUUCAUCUUGACAAUCCAAUAACUAUCUUAACCCAGGAGACAAGUCGUAGUUUUUUGAUAUCUAAAAAUGCCGGUAAAGAAAAACUGUAUCAGCUUUUCUAUGAAGGGACUGGUUUGCAGAAGCUGCAAGAAAACUAUCAACGAGCAUCUGAGCUAAGAGAUCAAGCAAAGGCUGAUCUGGAAAAAAAAAGAAUGGCGCUACCAGAGAUGGAAAAGGAAAUAGAACAAUGGGAAAACCUUUUGACUCAUGCAGAGAAAGUGAAGGAUUUAGAAGUUGAGCUAUUGUGGGCUAUAGCUAUAGAAGUAGAAAAGAAAUUAUGGGAAAUCGAAAACAAGUAUGAUAAAAUUGUGAAUGAAAUCAGAAAAGUGUCCGAAGAGAAAAAAAGAUCUGAGGAAAAACUAGGUUUGUCGUUAAAAAAUGUUGAAAAUUUUUCUGUGAAGCAAAGGGAGCUAAAUAUGGAAAUCAUGUCAAAAAGUAAUGCUUUAUCAAAGCUUAAAUCUGAAGAAGAAAAUUUAUGUAAAGAUAUUCGAGAACACCGGGGUUUGUUGGACAGGUAUAAAAGACAGCGUGAAAGAUUGCAUAAUGAUAUUACACUUUCACAAAAUGCUCUUAAUGAAGCUUUGCAGAAAGAUAAAGAUGAUACAGAUGCAGAGCAGAGAAAGAGAGAAGAAGAAAUUCAAAUCUUAGAAACAGAAUUGUUGGGUAUAAAGUCAAAAUUAGAGGAAAAAUCAAAAGCAUGGAGAGCUUGUUUGGAGCAAGAAGAUAUGUUAAAACAGAAACUUUCAAUACUAGAGGCUGAGAAAGGAAUGAUGUGCCUUCAGAAAAAAACUGCUCAAAAUGAAUUAAUGCAUUUGAAAAAUUCCAUAGAUAAUAAAAGUGCCUUUGGUCCUGAAAUAGAAAAUUGUCUUAGAGAAAUAGCCCAUUGUGGAGGCUUUAAAAAAUCACCAAAAGGACCCAUUGGUUUAUAUUUGGAAAUACUGGAUCAAAAAUGGAGUUUUGCUGUGGAAGUUUGUUUAACAGAUAAACUGCUGAGAGCUUUCUGUUGUGAUAAUAGCCAAGAUGCAAAAUUGCUGGGCAGAAUAUUAAACAAACAUUUCCAUAAAACAAGGGUACCUUCAGUUAUUGUCAGUAAAUAUUUGGAAUCGGUACAUUAUGUUGAACCUUUCAAAGCCAAGUCUUCAUAUCCCACUGUUUUGGAUAUGCUGAACAUAAAAGAUCCUGUGAUAGCGAAUUGCUUAAUUGAUAGGGCAAGAAUUGAAAACAUUAUUCUUAUUGAUAAUCGUGAUGCUGCGAUGGAGCUUAUGAUGAAUGCCCCUCCUAUGCAUUGUUCUUCUACUUUUUUAGAAAAUGGUGACCAGAUUUUACCUAAACCAUAUCGUUAUUAUUCCUGCACUAAGAAACAUUCUUCAUGUUUAUUAAGAUCAUUUUGCCAAGAAGAUAUUAGGGAGAAAGAAGCAGAAAUCCAGGCUUUGGAUGGUAGGAUAAAUGAUAAAACCCACAAUAUUGAUUCUAUCCGUGAUUACAAAGGUAAAUAUUCCGAGACUCGGAAAACUAAUGAAGAAGAUAUUGCUAAAUUGAGAUGUAUGGAAGGUGAGGUCAAGCAAAAAUUAGAAGCUAAAAGAAAAGUUGAAAAGCCAGUAGAUUUGUCUGACAUGCGAAGUGACUUAGAUCAUCACCUUAAAGAGAAAGAGAAAAUUGAAGAGAAAAUAAAAGAUUGCGAGGCACAUAUUUUGCAAAAAAGUGCGGAGUUAAGCAAUCUGAGAACGGCAUCUAAAGCAGAAUGGGACAAUAUUGUUAAAAAACAACAGGAAAAUCAGUUGUUAAUUACAGAAAUUAAAAAUGAUAAGAAGAAGGUAGAUUUAUUGACAGCUACAAUACAAAAGUAUGAAAGUACUCUUAAAACUCUUGGAGAAAAAGAAGCAGAGUAUGCAAAAGAAACAUCUGAAACUAGAAAGAAAGCCGAGCUUGCUACAAGAAAUGCUGAACAAUUUUGUGCUCGUAUCAAUACUAAUAAGAGCCCUAGUACUAUUGAACAACGCUUAAGAGACACAAAGAAAGCUCUUGAAGAAGCAAGCAAUUGUGACAGGGAGGACCUAAGAGAAAGAUAUGAAGAAAAAAAAGCAAAGUUAGAAAAAGCAAAAUCUGAAUUAAAAGCUAUAGAAUCUAACAUCAUUAUACUUGGUGAGAUGAUGGAUAAGCGAAUUAAAAAAUUUAAAGUAGUUCUUCAGCAGACAAAACUGUGUUUGUCUUUAAGCUUUACAACCACCCUAGCUGGGAAUAGAUUCGAGGGUGAACUGAUCUUUGAUGAUGUCAAGCGAACAUUGAUUUUAAAAGCUGCUCCCAAAACUGAUCGAUCUAAAAAACAGGAUUACACAUGUCAGGCUCUUAGCGGAGGAGAAAGAUCUUUCGUUACAAUUUGCUUUCUGCUGUCUUUGUGGGAGAGAAUUGAAAUGCCGUUCCGAAUUUUAGAUGAAUAUGAUGUUUUUAUGGACUCAGAAAAACGUCAUUUAAGUGUGACUUUAUUAACAAAAACUGCAGAGCAAAAGAAAGAUGUGCAGUUUAUUUUUCUGUCUCCACUGGAAUUACCACCGAUGAAAGACUUACCUCACAUAAAAGUACAUAUAAUGCCUCCUCCAAAACGAAAACGAGCAGAUGAUGAUUAAAAACCAAGUGUAAAAAUGUAAUAUAUUUAUUCUUAUUGUUGCAUACUCAGAUAUAUAUUAAAUAUAUUUCAUAAUAA